CAACCCCUCAGUUCCACUCAUAAAAGAAAGACGGCGACGAUAAUUCUUCAUCAAUUGUAGGUGCUCGUUUUGUGUUGAAAAUGGCUGUUCCUAAAGCAUUAUAUGACAUCUCUGCGAAACUACUGACUGGAGAUAUACUAAAUUUCUCCUCGCUUAAAGGCAAAGUUGUGCUGAUUGAGAAUGUGGCAUCUCUCUGAGGCACGACCACCAGGGAUUACACCCAGAUGAACGAGCUCCAGGAGCGCUACGGCGCAAAGGGGCUCGUGGUUCUGGGGGUUCCCUGUAAUCAGUUCGGACAUCAGGAGAAUUGUAGCAACAACGAGAUCAUGCAGUCCCUGAAGCACAUUCGUCCCGGCAAAGGCUUUGAGCCUAAAUUCCAGCUGCUGGAGAAGGUGGAUGUCAACGGCAAGGAUGCCCACCCAUUGUUCCUUUUCCUCAAAGCUAAACUUCCCUUCCCCAGCGACGACACCACAUCUCUGAUGACAGACCCCAAGUGUAUCAUCUGGAGCCCGGUCUGCAGGAAUGACGUCUCUUGGAAUUUCGAGAAGUUUCUCAUUGGUCCUGACGGGGAGCCCUUCAAGCGGUACAGCAGGAGAUUCCUCACCAGCGACAUCGAUGGGGACAUCAAGAAGCUUCUCAGUCUGGCGAAGUAAAACCGUCCGUUAAAAAAAGCAUUGCCUCUGUUAGGCAAUGCUUUAUAUUAAACUAGCUGUGCUUUCUUCUGCAAGAUGUUACUGUGUUUGGCCUCUUUACUUUAUGAUGGCAUCCUUUGAAACCAAUGUGAGAGGGUUGUCUGAUGAACAUGUAAAUGGCAAACUUGUCAGCAGCAUUUGGUUCAUGUAAAGCAUAGCUGUGUUUUUUAUUUUUGGUGGACCAAUAAAUACACUUUACUUGG